AACUUGAGAGUGUUUUUGUGAAGCUGAAGUUGCACUAAGAGCUGAAGCGAAGCGCUGCAGCCGUAACUGUCCCCACCAGGAACAAAUGGCCGGAGUCGGGAACAAAAUUCCUCGAGAGGCAGCUCGUCUGGCCGCGCAGCGGUCUCCCUUAUCACAUGCCGCUCGAAGGGUCACGUGAAGAGGCGGGCAGUCAGCCCCGCAGAGCCUUGGCGGGUUUGUGGUGCUGCUGGUGGGGUGUCGGGAGCUCCUGCCUCUGAUGGCAUUUGUAACCCAGAAUCUGAUCCAAAAGAUCCCGGAGGAGCACGGUUGCCCCGUCUCCCUCUGAACUCGUGCUCUCUUCCAGUUCCACAAGGAUGGCUUCCUUGUGCUGGAGCGUUUCUUCACGGCGGAGGAGUGCGACAGCAUGAGGAACCAGAUUCAGAGAAUUAUAGCCGAGAUGGAAGUGCCGCCGCACUGCCGCACCGAGUUCUCCACCAAAGGGGAGGAGCAGCUCCGGGUGCAGGGUAGCUCAGAUUACUUCCUAACCAGUGGAGACAAGAUUAGAUUCUUCUUUGAGAAAGGCGUUUUGGAUGAGAAAGGUAACUUUCUCAUUCCAAAGGAGAAAUCUAUCAGCAAGAUUGGCCAUGCUUUACAUGCUUACGAUCCAGUCUUCAAGCAAGUCACUCACUCCUCCAAGGUGCAGGAACUAGGAAGAAAACUAGGCCUUGAGAGACCAGUAAUUGUGCAAAGCAUGUAUAUCUUCAAGCAACCUGGCAUUGGUGGUGAAGUGAAUCCACACCAGGAUGCCACAUUUCUGUACACAGAGCCUCUAGGCAGAGUCCUGGGCUUCUGGAUUGCGCUGGAGGAUGCCACACAGGAGAACAGCUGUUUAUGGUUCAUUCCUGGCUCUCACACCAGUGGAAUUACCCGGAGAAUGGUCCGUGCCCCACCAGGUAGCUCAACAUGUGUAGAGUUUGUAGGGUCGGAGAGGACCUAUGAUGACAACCAAUUCAUACCUGUGCCUAUAAGUAAAGGUGGGCUUAUUCUUAUCCAUGGUGAAGUUGUCCAUAAGAGCGAAUUGAACAAGUCAGAGCUUUCUCGCCAUGCCUUCACCUUUCAUGUGAUGGAAGCCAAAGACACCAGCUGGAGCAAAGAGAACUGGCUCCAGCCAACUCCUGAACUGCCUUUUCCAUCACUCUACACCUGAAAUUAGUGUUUGGCUUCUGGAGUCAAAUAGUUGAUCAAUAUUCCUUUCUGAUCACUUGUUCCUGUUCUCUUCAAAUAUAACUUAGAUCAGCUCUCAAGAUUCACUUAUCCUCUGCUCAGGAAGAGGCAUCUUCACACAGCUGAAUAUGCUGCAUUAGAGAGCAGCUCUCUACUACAGCAUGAGCCCUACUAGCACUGACAGUCUCCCAGUCCUUUUGGUAAGAAAACUUCUUCAGUCUGCAGAACAGAUCUGUAAAGACCAUUGCACCUUGACUGUGGGACCCGUUUAAAAGUAUUUCUUCUUGAGGAUGCUUAGUAUUUUCUUCUAGUUUAGUCAAGAGCUUAUGUCUUGUGUAUUUACUUGGUCAGGUUUAUCUCAGCAAUGCAGGUUGUGAAGAUAGCUGACUUUUAGCUCUAGAUCUGUCUUGCUGCUAGAAUAAUACUGAAUAGAAAUAAUCCUAUUGUGGGCAAAAUGAAGCAGGGAGUCUACUUGUACGAUCAUUCUCCUGACUAACUCUGGCAAAUUGCAGCUGAAUGCUUGAUCUCUAGGUUUAACUCUUGUUAAUUACAAAUAUUACAGAUCUUAAGGAUUCAUGCUGAAGUUAUGAAGACAAAAAUUCAGAAACUCAUUAUAACAUUUAAAUAAAAAUUAAAAUCCCCA